AUGAGGAAUCCCAUUGAAAACAGUCACCUUCUCACUUCUAAGCUGAGCAACCCGUGCGCUGGCCUCCCUGCACGAUACGCAGCUGUAAUGGAGAGCGAUCGCCGAUACACCGCAUUUCCUACUGCAUCUGUUAAUGGUAAGGUGCCUUUCUCAGUUGAGGGAGAGCUGCCUUCAAGGAGCCGCUGCAGGCAGCAGCAGUAUCCCUGUGAUGGUUGCGUGCGCGGAUCAGAUGGUCGUCAACUUCUGGAGCCUCCAUCUCCUGUUCCAGGGAGAUCACCAUCACACUCUUCCUCUAGAACACGAUCGCUUUCUGUAUCGCCUCCUCUUGAACGGUGUCACCACAGAGCAGGCCGCAGGCUGAGGGCAGUAGGCGAAGGCAGCCACGGGGCGAGAGCUCGCUCUUUCUCUGCACAGCCUGGCGCACGCCGCCAUCACUGCAAGACGCUCGCCCAUCAAGGAGUUCACCAGGAUGCUGCUACUGCUUCUAUUGAGCAGAUAGCACGUGAGAAGAACCAAAAAACAAACGAGAAGAGGAAGUAG